UUUAUCAAUUAAGACAAUAUGCUCUAAUUCAUGGAGUCGUAUAUAUACGCAAUCAUCAAUUUUAAACCUUGUCAUAAAUAACAUUCUUUCUGGUGGGCAGGACAGUUUCGCAAUGAUGAAGCUCUUUGUUUUUCUUGUCGUAGCCGUUGCGGUCGUCGCGGGAAAAGAGAAGGAGGCGGAGAAGAUUGACUCCCAUGAUGAAACCCUCUUCGCCGAUCGCGACAGGCUGUUGGACAAUCUCUUUGAGAAUUAUAAAAAGCGUAAUUAUCCAGACAAGACAACCGUCCAGUUUGGCAUGUAUCUCAUCAACUUAGAUUUGGAUCCAGAAAAAGAUAUGCUCAACUCGGACGCCUGGCUGAAGUUUACUUGGACAGAUUCCCGAUUAACUUGGGAUCCGAGUGAGUAUGGUGGGUUAAAAAAUAUGAGGGUUUCACCUGACCAGUUGUGGUUGCCGGAUACGCUUUUGUUCAACGGACCGUCAAUGGAAUGCAGAGCCACCAACGCGAUUGUCUACCCCAAUGGAAAAGUUCUAUGGAUUCCACCAUGCCAGCUAAAAACACAUUGCAAUUUCACCACUGACACCAGCCAAGAGCAAACAUGCAUACUGAACUGGGGAAGCUGGACGUUCGAUGCGUUAACGAUGGGACUUGAAUUUUUCGACGGGGAAGACAAGGUGGACACCUCUCACUUGGAAUCACAAAAGUAUGCAGUGACGAAGAAUGAAGCCAUCAGGGAGGAGAAAGUGUAUCCCUGUUGUGUUGAACCUUAUCUCAACCUCAAGUUUACUCUCGGAAUUAAUCGAGCUAAAUAAGUAAUUUGAAUGUUUUACAAUUCCAUGUUAAGAAACAAUAUGAUUUAAUUCUGAAUUAAAAUUCCAAUAGUUUAAGCGCAUAAGUUCGCACGUA